UUUAUCUACAGUGAGAACAAUAUAUCCAAUAAAUUGUCACAGUUUGCCGUGUUAUUCCAUAAUGAAUAUAUUUUGGAUAGAUUUUUGUUGUUGUUGGAACUACAUUUUCAUCUCUUAAUGCUGCUAGACAGGAAUGCGGAGCGAAAAAACCUUUUCUUAAAAAUAAUGAACAAUGAUAAGAUUUCAAUGUUCUCAGUUGGGGUGGUAUUAGAGGAAAGCCUCCUUCCUCUUCGAACUUCCUUCCCUACUCCGUCCUUGCCCCCGGCUAUCCCACAAUGCAUAGCGCCACUCGCUGGAUCAUGGACCAAAGCGACAAUGACCUUCAAGGAAGCGAUUGCUCCGGGACUCUGGGUGGGCCGGAUGUCCGCAGACGCAUCCCCAUAAAGCUCCUUUCCAAGCAGCCUUUGAGAAGUAAACCACCGCCACGUGUCCAAAGACCCACUGGCAGGCCGGUGAAAAAUGACUCAGUGGACGAUAAUACAUUUGGCUUCAAGCAGGAAGACAGGUUCGACCUUGGUCAGAGGAGGUUCCCCCAGCCAAUGUUCUGGGACUUCAAGUUGAAUUUGAUUGGGGAACGCGAUGAAGUACCGAUUCACUUCUGUGACAAAUGUGGACUUCCUAUCCACCUGUAUGGACGAAUGAUUCCCUGCAAACACGUAUUCUGUUACGAGUGUGCGCUGCUUCACGAGAAGAAGGGAGAUAAAAUGUGCCCCGGUUUGACCCUGUACAACUGCACCGACCCGGUCCAGCGCAUCGAGCAGUGCCACCGUGGUUCCCUCUACAUGUGCAGCGUUGUUCCGGGAUGCAAACGCACCUACCUCUCCCAGCGUGACCUGCAGGCCCACGUCAACCACCGCCACAUGAGGGCAGCCAAGUCCUCCAGCCGACAAGAGCCGUUGCACCUGCCCCCUGUGUCAGAGGUCCCCGAACGGUUCCGAGUCCCUCCUCCUCACAUAUCCAAGAACCACAUCCAUAUGCCCAACCCCAUGCAGCAUGGCGGCCACGACCCAUACAGCCAACCACCGCCGUCUCAUGACGGACCUCCCCCCAAUUCAGGUCUUGGUCCUGAAACUUUCCGCAUUUCCACUGUGACGACUCGUAAACACAGUAACCUCAUCACUGUGCCUAUCCAUGAUGACUCCGCCUCAAGGGACCCCCACCCUCCAGGCCCCCUUCCUGCUCAGCCCCCUCACCACCGGCCAGAGUAUCCAGGUGCUCCCCCGGUCGUGACACACCCUCACCACAUGAUGGCGCCACCCCAGCAGCAUUUUGGACCACCCCCACCUCCUCCUCCACCGAUCAGCCACCCCAUGCAGCAUCCAGGCUCCACUGGGAAUCCACACUUGGUCUACAACCAGGCUCCUCCUCCCAUGUCCACAGCUCCUCCACCAAUCACCCCUCCACCUGGACACCUUAUGGGCCAGAUGCCCCCGUACAUGAGCCACCCACCACCUGGGCCUCCCCCGCAACACAGCGGACCCCCACCUGUCAGCGCCCCUCCACCUCAUCACUACAACCCUAACUCUAUGCCUCAGUUCGCGGAGGACAAAGGCACACUCAGCCCCCCAUUCAACCAGCCUGGAGGCCUCAGUCCUGGGAUGUGGCCUGCUCCAAGAGGGCCACCUCCCCGUAUGCAGGGACCACCACCCCAAGGACAGAUGCCAGGACCCCACCACCCAGACCAGAGCCGGUAUCGCUAUCACUACCAGUAACAGUGGUCGUACCUGCUGUGGUUCUUAUAAGAGGUUCUGGGACGUAGGAGAAACUUCAAACUGCCGAAUGUGUCGUGUUGCACAUGUUAGUUAUUGACUUUUUUUUUUAAUAGCUUACAGUAAAUAUUUCUGUAUAUAUGUUCGCUGAUCUCACCUGUAUGUUCUGAACUCAUCAAGGCGUCGACUCAAUAAAUUUUAAUGCUUAUUUGAAGUUUGAUGUUGGAACCAUGUGACAAGGAGAGUAAAUUUCUGAUAUAAAACUGUGGUAGUUUCAUGUCCUGUCAGGGUAAAUCUCAUGUCCUUGGUCUUGUGGUUUCUUGCUCAGAAUCAAACAGAAGAGCGAUUUAAUUAAAGGAGGUUUUUACUGAGAAUGCUACACUAAAACCAACAUUUUCAUUCUAAGUAUAUUUAGAAACAUUAAUGCAAGAAUAAUAACUCACACUUUAAUAACACACCACACAAAUACAAACUCUGUACAACCACAAAACAAUGCAGCAAAGUAAUUUUCUCCAAAGGUCCGAAGAUCACUGGUCUUCAUCAUAUUUGAUGCUUAACAGUUGUUGCCUUUCUACAGUCUUGUUGCCGUCAUCUACAGAAAACAAAGCGUUAGUGAAGUUGGCAGGGUCAAUUUACUUUCAAAUUGUCGCACUUCUCUUUCUGUUGUCACAUGUAGCAUGGCAUCAUGAACGGUGGGGUAAAACAUGGAGGUGAGGAUCUCCUCGUCGAAGAAAGAGCAGCUGUGUAGUCUCUCCAACACCACGGCUGAGGAACAAAUAAAAUAUGAAAUAUUUGUAAUAUAUUUUCAAGCCACUUGAUCUGAAAACUCACCAUCACAUGAUGCGAUAUAAACGUCCACGCCCACUCGCAUAAACUCUUUAAUUGUCUGUAGAGGAGAGGACAAGUAGUAAAUUUGUCUGUUCUGUCAGUGCUUCUGUUUGAUGAACAUAUCAUUGGCGUGACAACUUUUAUUUGGUUUGUUUAAAGUUCAAGAAGCCUAAACCAUCUGUCUGUCUACCCAUUUACUUAUGGUCAUUCAAAGUUGGGUUCACUUUUGUGGCAUGUUCACGCUCCUUUUAGUCUUGUCUGCCACUACACCUCAGAUCAAGACAUGUCCUGUAGCCCAAGUCUUCUUAAGUGUCAUCUAUUCAAGAUGUCUCAGACGGCUGAGCUAUAAAGACCAUUAAUGGAAAUACCUACAUUUCAGAAAAAAAUAGCAUUAAAAGUUUUUGUUUUUGCUGCUGGUGUAGCUGAGUGCUCUUGAUGUGAUGGAGAUGCUGAAGAUAUGCUGUCCACAUACCAGCUAUGGACACCACUUAUGGCAGUGUUCAGGAGCACAUUUUCAGUGAUCUCGAGCGCUUUGUGGAAAAAGCCUCUGACAUGAAAAUGCUGGCUUCUCAAAACACCACCUGGCAGUUGGUAUCUUACCGUUUUAAGACCCUUAAGAGCUGAAAUGUCCAGGAAAGAGACAGCAGCGAAGUCCAGAAUCAGGCUAUGGAGAUCCACUUUGGGAACAAUGAUGCCUGCUGGCAACUCAGCGUUCCAGUCCUGAAUUGUGGGAAGACUGGGUUUCUCUGACUUCCCUUUGUUGCUCGUUCUUUUGAAGAACUUCCUUAUGCCUGUCUGACAGAUGCACAGACAAAAACCUUUCAAAACCUCACAGUAUUAGUUACUACGAGGCUUCAGACAGGAUUCAGUGUAAGUCCAAGUGACAUUGUUGGAAGUUUGGAUUUUACCCUUCAGACUUGAUUUUCUCACCUCUGUGAUGUCAUCAUCUGUUUUCUUCCAAAGUUUCUUCAGUUUCUCAAGCGCUUUGCUUCUUUUCCUCAGAACUCUCAUAGGGUUGAAACCAACCUUUUAAGACAAUCAAAAAUGUUUACACAGCUCACACGUCAUCGGAAUCACGCGGCCUGUACGUACAGCUUCCACAAGCUUGUUCUUGAAAAACUCUAUGUUGGCGAAAUAGAUGGGCGACGGGAUCCUGAAGAUUUUCACUCCUGCUGUUUGAGAAAUCUGAGAAAAGGCAUGAUGAAAUCAAACGCCCUCACUUUAAGUUAAGUUAAGUGAGACCUGUCUUACAUUCCGAUACUCCUUCUGAUCUCUGUAGAGGUCUGUCCUCGGGAUGUUAGCCAAGACGGAACAACGUGGACUGGAGAGACAAACACAAGACUGUUAUGGGAGGGCAAUCGAGAGGAGUAUUAUUUUUGCUGGCUGAGACUGCUAACAGG